CAGAAAUCGAACCAAAGAUCCAAAGUUCGAAACUUUUUACUUGUUGCAAAAUUCCUCUCGAAAAACUUACUAAUUUUCUCACUUUUUGGUCGAGUUCGUUGUUUGUUGUGUCUGAUCUCUCUGACAACAAAAGAGUUUUAAGUCUUAAAGAUUCUGUUUUUAACCGAAUUGGGGGUGUUCUGUUGAAGUCUCUGCGAACUAGGGUUUCCGCGAAGACUUUGUUUUGGAGCUGUUGAGCUUUGAAUUGGUGAAUUAUACGGGUUUUUUGUUUUGGUAUUUGGGGAGGAAUGUUUUAUUCGCAGUUUAUAUUAGCAAAGAAAGGACCACUUGGGACGAUAUGGAUCGCGGCCCAUUUGGAGAGGAAGCUUCGAAAGAAUCAGGUGGCUGAUACUGACAUUGGAGUCUCCGUUGAUUCUAUUCUCUUUCCGGAAGCUCCAAUUGCAUUGCGAUUGUCUAGUCAUCUUCUGCUUGGUGUGGUUCGUAUUUAUUCAAAGAAGGUGAAUUACCUCUUUGAUGAUUGCAGCGAGGCACUGCUUAAGGUGAAGCAAGCUUUUCGCUCUGCUGCGGUUGACCUACCCCCAGAAGAAUCCACAGCACCAUAUCACUCAAUCACGCUGCCUGAGACAUUUGAUCUUGAUGAUUUUGAGCUCCCUGACAACGAGAUCUUUCAGGGCAAUUACGUUGACCAUCAUGUUAGUACAAGGGAGCAGAUCACACUUCAGGAUACCAUGGAUGGUGUUGUGUUCUCAACCUCGCAAUUUGGAUUAGACGAACGAUUUGGGGAUGGCGACACUGCUCAAACUGCUUUGGAGCUUGACGAGGAGGUAUUCCAGGAUAAGGAUAUUAUUGGAUCCGAUGAUGAGGGCGGUCAAGGUGAUCGCAAUGCAUAUCUCGAUGCAGCAACACCAGAGAUAAAGGAUGAAAUGGUAAAUGUUUCUGAUGCCAUGCCAAGAGAUUUCAAUCAAGAGCAGGUUGAAGAUCUUGCAAUGCGUGAUGAGUUUAUGGAAGAUGCUCAAGCUCCUCAAACCCCUGGACUAGUUGAGGUGCUAAACUCAUCUAGUGUCAGAGAUCAGCUAGCAUGCGAUGAUCACAUUGAGGUAGAGGAUCCGAAUGCAGAAGAAGUUAGAAAGGCCUCUGGAGAGCCGGAUGGUAAUGAGCCCUCUGAAUAUACUGCCGUAGAAUCAGCAGUUACUCCCAUGGAGGUGGAUAAGUCGAUAAAUGAAAAUAUCGAUGCACAAAACGAGCCAGAGGAGGAGAGGGCAGAGCAUGUACAGCUUACCUCGCCAAGUGUUUCUCACAUCACCACCGAGGUGGAGGAUCCUGGUCAAGUAAUCACGGAGGCAGGAACCGAUGUUGAUAAUGUUGUAACGGAUAAGUCAGAUGCUGUUCCUUCAGUUGAGUCUCUUGGAGAGCCUACGAUGAGUAAUGCUGAGCCAAAAGUUCCUGAAGAAGAAAACCAAGAUCAUUUUGCCAUUACCACUGAGGUCAAUCAAGAAACAGAUAUGCAAGGAGAUGUGCAAGGAUACAGUAAACCAGAUGAGCAGCUGAAUAACGCACAUGCAAUUGAUGAACAGACUGAUACUGAUUUGCCUGCACCUGAGAAGGUAUUAGCUGCACCUAACAGUCUGGGGGAUGAAAAUGGUUGUAUGGUUGUUGAAUCAACACCAGAUAAAGAAGACCCUGGGACAUGUAACGGGGAUGCAGGAAAUAAUAACAUUACUGGGAAGAAACGCACUUUCACUGAGAGCACAUUAACUGCAGAGAGUUUGAACUCUGUUGAGUCAGUUGGACUGAUUCAGUCCAAAAGAACUGCAAACUCUGUUCCUGAUGACGAUGACUUGUUGUCUUCCAUCUUAGUUGGAAGGUCAUCUUUUUUGAAGAUGAGGCCUACCCCUGUGCUUGAAGUAGCAUCUCGAAAACGGUUAAAGUCUGCUCCUCGUUCUACUACCACAAAGAGGAAGGUUCUAAUGGAUGACCCUAUGGUCUUGCAUGGCGACCUUAUACGGGAACAGCUGACAAACACGGAAGGUAUACGCCGUGUGCGUAAGAAGGCACCUUGCACCAUUCCUGAAAUCUUGAUGCUUCAAAGGCAGGCUUUGGAGGAUGGACUUUUAAAGGAGCCAAUACUCACUGGUAUGUCAGUGGAGUUAGUAUCUCUGCAUAAUGAGCCGUAUGAUCUAAGAGGAAUCAUGGUAAUCAAGAACGAUGACGACGGACAUGCUUCUGUUGGAGUGGUUGAAGUUAAUGAAUGCUCAGUUAGGGCUGUGGAAGAAAAAGAAACUGAAGAAAGGUCUGCUCCUCAUACUCACCUAAAUGAUUCUGAGGAGCAACCUUCUGAGGCUCAUACUCAUCAGCCACAGGACCAACAGAUCGUAGACCAACAUGAAGAAGAGAAAGAAGAUAACGAGCUUGGUGAAAAUAUAUGUGACUUGGAAGUUUUAAAGGAAAGCAAUGGAGCUGCUGACGAAGCAAAUCAUGUAGUGAACGAAGAGAUCAGUGAAAUUCCAUCUGAGGACAAACUCGAUCAUGUAGAGGGUGUCACGGAUUUGCAGGUGGAAGGUGACCAUGAAAACCAUGAUGGAGGCCUAGGCGGUCAAGAUGUUAUAGAAAUUGCUGAAGGUGAUGUAGAUAACAACGCCACUCUCAACGAGACAGAGUUGAAAGUUGAAGAUGAACUACCAAAUGAAGACAACAAGACGGAUGCGGCCUCGGCUGAAGUUAUUGAGAGUGGGGUAGACGACCAGACUCCAUGCGUUAACACAAUUGUAGAAGAAGCUGGUGGUUCUAAUAAUCUAGCCUCGGACGAAGGUUGCAAGGAACCUCUUGUGGAAGAAAACAAUGAUGUGGUGAUUCCGGAGAUUGUCACUGCUGACGACAGAUAUAAUGAGAUAUUUAAUGAGGAGGCUUAUAUGCAAAGUGCACCAGAAGCAGAACCUACUACUCGCGAUGGUUUUAUGGGAUAUAAUGAUGAAAUGGAUACCAUGGAAGUUGCACAUGACACAGGAUUUUUGAACGUGGAUGAUGAUGAAGUAGAUGAAGAUCACGAGGACGAUGGUGUGGAAGAGGGUGACGAAGCUCGUCUUCUUGAGAACAGUGGAUGGUCUUCUCGUACCAGGGCUGUGGCGAAGUAUCUUCAGACGAUAUUUGAAAAAGAAGCUGAGAAUGGGAAGAAUGUUGUUGUAGCAGACAAACUCUUAGCUGGUAAAACCCGUAAAGAAGCUUCCAGAAUGUUUUUCGAAACCCUGGUUUUGAAAACAAGGGAUUACGUCCAAGUUGAACAAGCCAAGCCUUACGAAAGCAUCAUCAUAAAACCGCGACCAAAGCUCACCAAAUCCAUCUUCUAAUAUGGUGAAGAAGAGUCUCUCAUAGUUGCAGAUAGGUAGUUUGGUCCAGUCCAAGAACAUCAUAUCCGAAAUGAUUGUCCCUUCUUCUCUAAAGUCAAUACACUUUCCACUCUUUAAGCCAACGAAGUAGUUAUAGUAUCAGUGGUGACUGGUGUUGUAGCGUUAACCAUCAUCCAAGUAGCUGGAGGAGGUUAAUAUGUUUGUCAUUUAUUUUUAUCUUUAUACAUAUGAGUUGUUGUAUGUGUGUAUAUAUAUUGGUGCCACCAUGAUCAUUGAUCACCACCAGUUUAUAUUUGUGUCAUGCUAAUUUUAUUUCUUUGGAUAACUGAAGUUCUCCGGUUUAACUUGGGAAUGUCGAAGAACCAUUGUUUAAUUGAAUAAUAAUAGUUUUAUUAUAGAGUUAAAAUGGAAAAUUGU